GUACUCGAAUAAACCAAACCGUUCAACCCGUAACCAUAUAAACCGACACUCGACAAAACCAAAGCUUGAAAUAGUCGGUGAUAGGCCAAAAUUUUAUUCUGUCAGUUUUUCCGGCUGAUGCCCUACCCUAAAUUAGCUUACGUGUUGAGGAACCUUCAUCCGGGAGCCACAAUACAAGAAGUUGGAAGCAACCACCACCACCACCGAAACGCAACUCCUCCUUUGCGCCUUCAAUUCCCAAAAUCACUCACAUUUCACUCCUUCACUCUAACAACUCGCCGCCGAACAACUAUGGCUACUCACAAUUCCACCAAUUUCAGCUCUCCUCCUCAUUCAGAUUACGCUGAGAUUGUUGUGGUGCGUCACGGUGAAACUGCUUGGAAUGCUAUUAGUAAAAUCCAGGGACAACUGGAUGUUGAAUUAAAUGAAACUGGACGACAGCAAGCAGCUGCAGUGGGUGAUAGACUCUCAAGGGAAGCUAAGCUCUCUGUGAUAUAUUCUUCAGACCUUCAACGAGCUUCUGAAACAGCAGAAAUAAUUGCUUCCAAAUGUGGAGGGGUGGAGGUUGUCAAGGAUGCUGACCUACGGGAAAGACACCUGGGGGAUCUUCAAGGCCUUGUUUAUAGUGAACUUGCAAAAACUAAACCCACAGCUUACAAGGCUUUUGUGUCUAAGAACGAAGAUAUGGAAAUACCAGGUGGUGGCGAAAGUCUUGUUCAACUUUAUGAUCGUUCCACAUCUGCAUUGGAUAGAAUUGGCACGAAGCAUAUAGGGGAGCGAGUAGUCGUUGUCACUCAUGGAGGAUUCAUCAGAUCACUAUACCAGCGAGCCUGCCCAAAUGGAGGGCGUCCUGGGAAGGUACUCAACACAUCUGUUGGUGUUUUUCACAUAGAUGCUGAUGAUAAUUGGAUCUUAAAAAUGUGGGGUGAUGUUAGCCAUUUGAGCCAAACUGGAUUUCUACAGUCUGGUUUUGGGGGUGAUAGAAAUUCUGGUUAGACCAUUGUUCCCAUCCAAAAUUUUGAUUGUUUCCCAACCAUAGUUAACUAAGGUUUGUAUGAAGAUUGAAGAAGAGAUAUCAAACAGUGAUCAUAAAUAUGAAUUUGGCCCCUAUAAUGGGAAUUUUUUUUUUUUUUUUGCAUCUUAUCAUGCAAAUAUAUUGUCACCAUGAAAUGUGUGUAAAUUAUAUGAUUUUCUGGCGAUGGUA